ACCGGAGAAAGUAACCGAAACGCGACGUUUCCUUCUUCGUUUCCCCACUUCCCCUGAGAGACCAUCCAUCAACGGCGCGCCGGGAUCUCGCCGUCGGAAACGAAACGAUGCUCAGCAUUCUCGCUCAGGAGCGCCUGCUCGGGUUCGCGUUGGGCGGUGCUUUCACCGGUUUCGUGGUGUUUGAUCAGCGGAGGCGAAUCCACGACUCAAUUUCGGCCUACCAAUCUCCAUCCGAUGCCGAAAAACAGUUGAAAGAGCCUAUCCUGGGGAAGCGAUUUCGUUCCGAGUCUGCUCUCCUGUGGAACAAAGCCGUGGACCAGGCGUUCAGGCCGCUCGUUACCGCCCUUAGUUCGCACCGUGAAUGAAAUUAUUGAGCAAGUUUGUGUUCUUGUAUCCUAUACAUUAUUUUCCAAGCUCUUAUGAUAACAAGCCUGCAAUUGUCUUCUGAAAACCCUCCUGUUUUCUUUUGAGUGUGGAUUCUGUACCACUCAAAAGACUUUAACUUGCUUGCUUGUUACACUGUAUAUGGGGGCAGAAAUUGGUGAUGUUGAUGUGUGCGUCACUGUAAAUCCCGUGAUUCGAAAAGGAAAGUUGCAGAAAAUGAGGGACAAUGCUGUUUUUGGGUAGUAUGUUACAGACAGUACAGCCCAUAACCGUUGGUGGAAGAAGAUAGGAAGAAGGGCUGGCUCUGUCGUGAAGCUAAAAAAGAUUUGGAGCCGAGGCCGACGAAGCUAUAUUCCAAAGUUUAGAAACACCCCUGACUUCCUCUGCUCCACGUUUCUUUGGCUAUUUCUUCAUGCAAGUGCAACGGGAAAUUUGAAGCUGGUGUUUUACAUGGUGUGGGGUUAGAUAAUCACUCAUGUUUACAGUGGAAGCAAUCACGCUGCAGUUUUCCCUUAUGCACAUUGCACAAGGGUGUGUAUUCGGUUUUCACUCGAUUAACCGUAACGAUUUCGGCCAUAGAUAUUAGACAAACUAUCAUCUUUUUUGGGAUGGUCUAAUUGAAUUUAGUUAUGAAUAUACGUUAAGGUGCU